ACCGUGUUCAGGUGAGCUCGCUGCCGACUCCGUGUGUAAUCAAUAUAAUCGACAUGGCGUAGCCGAUGCGCCGUACAAGACGACUCGGUCCUCAAAUACGACGAUAAUGCUACGAAGCUCAGGAGUUCGCAUCAAGGAUUUAGCCCUAUUUUACUUGCAUUUCACCGGCGGGCUUGUAGUCUCGACGUUCAGAGCACCCACGAAAUGGAGGUCAGCCAGAGGCUUCAAGGCCCCCGAGAUUUGGAGAACUGUAUUUCAGCCGGACCUGCUGUCACGGACUAAUGUCCAGAGAGGACACCUUGGUAAAAAGACGGGAUGGAAUGGCGUCGAGCACGGCAGCGGAAUAUGUGGGGGGAGGGGGGGGAGGGGUGGUGGGGAGAGAUGGUAUCAAGGCAAUGGAGCAGCUGAUGGUAGGGCCGUGCUCGACCUGCAGAAUGGUAUCACGAUGCGGUCCAAGAAAUUUCAUCGAUUUUUCAGCACGGAAUGGAGGUCUUAUUUUCUUUUCCGGUCCCCGGCCGUCUCGAUUUCUUUGGGCCAAGGAAAACAAUCCGUCAGAAUUUCCAUAUUGAACAUCGAGUAACGAAGAAGCCCGACGCCGAGGGAACUGUCCCACCAUUGAAUGAUGGAGCAGACGACAGAUGAGCUGUUCCUCUUUCGUGGUCUCCAUCUAUGACCUAUGCCUUCAAGCUUCCACAGUCGACAGUCUACAAAAACGUCAGCAAUGGAGCCC